AUGUCUUUAGACGCGACAUUAUUAAAGUAUAUUGAAGAAGAUGUAUGGAGAGUUUUGACAGCUGUUGAAUUAGGUCAACGUAAUCACGAACUUGUUGCAGGUGAGUUAAUUGCCUCAAUUGCAGGCCUUCGCGGUACAAUUCAUCAUGAUAUUGACUAUCUACUCAGACAUAAACUCAUUUCACAUCAAGGAAAACCAUACGAUGGUUACCAACUUACAAAACAAGGAUAUGAUUUUCUCGCACUUCACGCACUUGUCAAAAGAAAUACACUUUCGAAUAUUGGACCUCUCGUUGGUCAAGGUAAAGAAGCUGAUGUAUAUGUUGCUUAUGAUAAUGAAGGAAAGCCAGUAAUUAUCAAAUUCCAUCGUAUUGGUCGUGUCUCUUUCCGCAAAGCCAAAGAUACACGUGAAUAUCUAUCAGGUAAGCAUACAAGCAGUUGGCUUUACUUAUCACGUCUUUCUGCUCAACGUGAAUUUUUGAAUAUGCAAGGAUUAGCUCAUUUAGGCUUCCCAGUUCCACAAGCUAUUGACCACAACCGUCAUUGUGUUGUUAUGUCACAUAUUGAUGGCACACUCCUUAACAAUGUUCAAAAAUUAGAAGAUCCAGAAAAAGUAUUCAACGAAAUCAUUGAUACAACAGUUAAUCUUCUCAAGAUCGGUAUUGUUCAUGCCGAUUUAACUCAAUUUAACAUCAUCGUUAAAGAUGAUCUUUCUAUUUGCAUCAUCGACUUCCCACAAUGCCUUAGAUAUACAGAUCCUGAAGCCGAAGAGAAGUUUAACCACGAUCUCAACGAGCUUCGCGAAUUCUUCCAUAACAGAAUGGAUAUUACCGUUGAACAUCUCCCAACUUUCGCUGAGUUCAAAGAUGAUAUUGUCCCUGUUGACAUUAUCGGUAAAGGAAAGCCACAAGAAGAGGAAGAAGAUGAAAACGAAGACGAAGAUAAGAAGAUUAUGGCAAAAGUUUCUAAAGAAAACCGUAAGAAGAACAAACCUGUUAGAAGCAAAGAGUCUAAGUCAAUGAGCAGACUUAGACUUGAAGUUAAGAACUCAGUAUAG